CCAUGCCGCGCGCGCCCCGGUGCCGCGCCGUGCGCGCCCUGCUGCGGGGCCACUACCGAGAGGUGUUGUCUUUGGUCUCCUUCCUGCGGCGCCUGGGGCCCCAGGGCCGGCGGCUCGUGCGGCGUGGGGACCCAACGGCCUUCCGCGCGCUGGUGGCCCAGUGCCUGGUGUGCGUGCCCUGGGACGCGCGGCCGCCCCUCGUCGCCCCGUCCUUCCGCCAGGUGUCCUGCCUGAAGGAGCUGGUGGCCAGGGUGGUGCAGAGGCUCUGCGAGCGCGGCGCCAGGAACGUGCUGGCUUUCGGCUUCGCCCUGCUAGACGGAGCCCGCGGCGGGCCGCCCGUGGCCUUCACGACCAGCGUGCGCAGCUACCAGCCCAAUACGGUAACGGAGACUCUGCGUGGCAGCGGCGCAUGGGGGCUGCUGCUGCGCCGCGUGGGCGACGAUGUGCUCACCCACCUGCUCACGCGCUGCGCGCUCUACCUGCUGGUGGCCCCGAGCUGCGCCUACCAGGUGUGUGGGCCUCCGCUCUACGACCUCUGCGUCCCCGCCGUGGCUCGGCCCCUCGCGUCCCGCGGCCGCAGUCCUGGGACCCGGAUGGACCUCAGACCCACGCGCCAGGCCUGGAAUUCUGGCGCAAGGCGGCGUCGGGGCAGAUCCGGGAACAGUCCGCCUCCGGCCAAGAGGCCCAGGCGCCGCGUGACCCCAGAGCCGGAGCGGGGGACCAACAGGCCUUCUGCCCAGGCCCACCUGGGCGGGGCCCACGGGCCGAGUGACAGCAAACCUGGCGCAGUGACACCUGUCAGGGCCGCUGCGGAAGCUGCCUCGUGGGAGGGAGGGCCCCCUGGGACUCGCCUCUCCUCCCCGGCCGCACAGCCAUCUCAGGGGCCCCAGGGAGCACCCCAUCACCCAGCGCACCCCGAGACCAAGCACUUCCUCUACUGCUCGGGAGGCAGGGAGCGGCUGCGCCCCUCCUUCCUGCUCAGCGCCCUGCCGCCUAGCCUGACCGGGGCCCGGAAACUCGUGGAGACCAUCUUUCUGGGCUCCGAGCCCCGGAGGCCAGGGGCUGCCCGCAUGACGCGCCGCCUGCCCGCGCGCUACUGGCGGAUGAGGCCCCUGUUCCGGGAGCUGCUUGGGAACCACGCGCGGUGCCCGCAUGGUGCGCUUCUCAGGACCCACUGCCCGCUUCGGGCCGCGGCCCCCGGGGAGGCACCUAGCGACCGGGCGUGCGGAGGAGUGGGCGUGUGCCCUUCGGAGAGGCCCGCGGCAGCCCCCGAGGAGAAGGCGGACCCGCGGCGCCUGGUGCAGCUCCUCGGACGGCACAGUAGCCCCUGGCAGGUGUAUGCUUUCCUGCGGGCCUGCCUGUGCUGGCUGGUGCCCGCUGCGCUCUGGGGCUCCAGGCACAACCAGCGCCGCUUCUUGAGGAACGUGAAGAAGUUCAUCUCUCUGGGAAAGCACGCCAAGCUCUCGCUGCAGGAGCUGACGUGGAAGAUGCGAGUGCAGGACUGCACCUGGCUGCGCGGGAGCCCAGGGGCUCGCUGUGUCCCGGCCGCGGAGCACCGUCGGAGAGAGGAGAUCCUGUCCAGGUUCCUGUGCUGGUUGAUGGGCACGUACGUGGUUGAGCUGCUCAGGUCGUUUUUUUACGUCACGGAAACCACGUUUCAGAAGAACCGGCUCUUCUUCUAUCGGAAGAGCGUCUGGAGCCAGUUACAGAGCAUAGGAAUCAGACAACACUUCACGCGUGUGCAUCUCCGAGAACUGUCAGCAGCAGACGUCCGAAGACACCAGGAAGCCAGAGCGGCUCUCCUGACGUCCAGACUCCGCUUCCUCCCCAAGCCCAGUGGGCUACGGCCAAUUGUGAACAUGGACUACGUGCUGGGAGCCAGAACAUUCCGCAGAGACAAGAAGGUCCAGCACCUCACCUCACAAGUGAAGACGCUGUUCAGCGUGCUGAACUAUGAGCGGGCCCGGCGCCCCAGCCUCCUGGGGGCCUCCGUGCUGGGCAUGGAUGACAUCCACAGGGCCUGGCGCGCCUUCGUGCUGCGCAUGCGGGCCCGGGACCCGGCGCCCCAGCUGUACUUCGUCAAGGUGGAUGUGACCGGGGCGUAUGAUGCCCUCCCCCAGGACAGGCUGGUAGAGGUGAUUGCCAACGUGAUCAGGCCUCAAGAAAACACCUACUGCGUGCGUCAGUAUGCCAUGGUCCGGAGAACCGCCCAGGGACACGUCCGGAAGUCCUUCAAGAGACACGUGUCCACCUUCGCAGACCUCCCGCCGUACAUGAGACAGUUUGUGGAGCGUCUGCAAGAGACAAGCUCACUGAGGGACGCCGUGGUCAUCGAGCAGAGCUCCUCUCUGAACGAAACCAGCAGCGGCCUUUUCCACCUCUUCCUGCGCCUGGUGCACAACCACGUCAUAAGGAUCGGGGGCAAGUCAUACGUCCAGUGCCAGGGGAUCCCUCAGGGCUCCAUCCUGUCCACGCUGCUGUGCAGUCUGUGCUAUGGGGACAUGGAGAGCAGGUUGUUUCCUGGAAUCCAGCAGGACGGGGUGCUCCUGCGUCUGGUGGACGACUUCCUGCUGGUCACGCCUCACCUGACGCAAGCGCAGGCCUUUCUCAGGACGCUGGUCAGGGGGGUUCCUGAGUACGGCUGCACGGCCAACUUGCAGAAGACAGCAGUGAACUUCCCCGUGGAGGACAUUGCCCCGGGCAGCGCGGCCCCCCUGCAGCUGCCGGCCCACUCCCUGUUCCCAUGGUGUGGCUUGCUGCUGGACACCCGGACCCUGGAGGUGUCCUGCGACUACUCCAGCUACGCCCAGACCUCCAUCCGCUCGAGCCUCACCUUCAGCCAGGGCGCCAAGCCCGGGAGGAACAUGCGGCGCAAGCUGUUUGCGGUCUUGCGGCUAAAGUGCUGCGCUUUGUUUCUGGAUCUGCAGGUGAACAGCGUCCACACAGUUUAUACAAACGUUUACAAGAUAUUCCUGCUGCAGGCCUACAGGUUCCAUGCGUGUGUGCUCCAGUUCCCGUUCAACCAGCCAGUGAGGAAGAACCCCUCCUUCUUCCUCCGUGUCAUCUCGGACACCGCGUCGCACUGCUACUCCCACCUGAAAGCCAGGAACACAGGGAUGUCCCUGGGGGCCGAGGGCGCCUCGGGCCCAUUUCCUUCUGAGGCCGCACGGUGGCUGUGCUUCCACGCCUUCCUGCUCAAGCUGGCCCGUCACAGGGGCACCUACAGGUGUCUUCUGGGGGCUCUCCGGGCAGCCAAAGCAUACCUGUGCCGGCAGCUCCCGAGGGUGACGCUGGCCGCCCUGGAGGCAGCGGCUGACCCCGGCCUGACCGCAGACUUCAAGACCAUUUUGGACUGACGACUGGCCC